UAUCACCAGGCUCAUACAAGAUAUCAUAUAAAUGCAGCAUUUGUAAUAAAGAGUUCAACAACAUGUUAGCACUUGAGAAUCAUCAACGUUUUAUCCAUUGUGCUAUGAAACAGGCUGAAAAUAACAAUUCACCAAAUUCAAAUGAGAAAAGGCAUGACUUCCCAGAUUUCAAUGUAUAUUUUUUAGAUCAAAAUAUACUGGGCUCUGAAGGAAAAAUAAAAUCUAUUGUUGUUCAAGACAAUGCAUCAACACCUAAGAAUUUAGAAGGACCUAUUCAAAAAGGAACGGUACCAUCCAAAGCACCAGUUUCUAAAAUAAGUGGUCCCUUUGAAUGCACAUGGACGACCUUAAAUCUGGAAAAGAAAUGUGGCGAGAUUUUUUUAAACUGUUGCGAAUAUUCUGAACACUACCGUGACGAGCACACUGAACGCAGAAAGAGCAAACGUUGUCAAAUCUGUGAAAAGGUUUUAGAAAACCCCACUGCACAAAGUCCGGCUAUAUGGAAUGCUUUGCAAUUGGAGGCCCACACCAAAGGUUAUCACACGAAAGUGAAGCCAUUUAAAUGCUCUAUUUGCGAGAAGAGUUACACCCAAUCAAGUGGACUGCAGCAACACAUGCGCUUGCACACCGGGGUACGUCCCUACAAAUGUAACUUCUGUAACAAAGGCUUCACCCAGAAAGGUGGGCUUGAUCAGCACCUCCGCACGCAUACAAAGGUUAAACCCUACAAUUGUAUUUUAUGCAAUAAAAGCUUCUCCCAAUCAGUACACGUCCGGCAGCAUAUGCGGACUCAUACAAACAUCAAGCCAUUCAAGUGUAUUGUAUGCGAAAAGCGCUUUAAACAAUUAGGCCACCUUAAUUUUCAUAUGCGUUCCCACGACUCUUGUCGGAUUUAGAAGAUUCGUUAAAUUCGAUUGAGCCCAUUCUUUGUAAGUUCUUUAAUACAAAACCGAAUCAAUAUUAAAGGUUAAAUGUAAGUUAAAAUAAGUGUUACAGAUUUUUUUUUUAUAUAUUUUUUUUUAUAUUUUUUUUAUAUGUUAGUCUACUCAAAGUGUAUAUGUAAGUUAAUCGUUUACAAACUGCCUGUGAUAGUUUUUGGAAAAUAAGUCUGAUCUAUUACCUCUUACGAUACAUAUAUAUAUAUUUUUUUAAAGGUGCCUUUUUAUAGCUGUUGCUUCAAUUAAUUGUUACGGUAAUGAACUAUACGUUUUCCAAACGUUAGUUUUUUGUAUUGUUACUAUUUAACACGUUCACUGCGGCAUGUAAAAUCAUUAUUCUUCAGCUGGUGCGGCGGUAUUUCCGCCAGUGCGUAGCAGGUCUUUCCAGAUCCAUCAGCACUAGGAAAGCUUAAAUUGCUAUGUGGAAACAUAAUGUAUACUUUUUUAUAUUGUAAAAAUGACCUUGAACCCAACUUCCUUAGGUUUGAUUCGCCCCGGGAUCUGCCAAACAACAAAUGAAUAAAGCAGGAAAAGCAGCAGGCCGAUAUCGAUGCAUUUCCUGCAAUAUUUUCUUAACUUUUUUUUGUCUUGGGUACUAUUUAUACUAAUGUUUUUCCACAGUCUGUCGUUGCUCCCUGUACAAUUUCUUCGUUUAGCGUUCAUCUCAAGGACUUGGUCAUUGUCCUUAGGAAGUCCUUCAUUUUCUAAAAAAAAAUCUUUUAACCUACCUAUCGAACCUCAGUACUCUCGAAACUGAACAACUUUUUCCAAAGAAAAUCUUCAUUUUAAUCAAUCAAAUUCUUUUUGCUUUUCUUAGUGGAAAAUAAUUCUUCACUGCUGUCACUAUCACUGUCAAUAACUGCAGGGCGAAUUACUCUAUCUUCCAAAAUAUGUAUUUUUCUUUUAUUGCUUUCCAUAGUUGAUCAUAUCGGAAGUUAUGUCAGAUCAGUUGCCCGCUCUACGCCCUUGACUUGCGAACUGGUAGUAAAUGUAAAUUUAAAAUUAAUAAUAUAUUAAUUGAUACAGAUAUUUUAAGUUUGAGUUCAACACUAGCUGGCGGGGCAGCGCUCUGUGUGAUAUCGGGUCACCAACAGCCUGUUGGGAGGGCGGACCGAUAAGGCCCACUGCCGCACUGCACUGCAGCAUAGCAGCAUCAGUGGUUGAUAAAAGCCUGCCGUUAUGUUUUGAUGUAAAACACCUACAAUUUUGACCACAAGAUAAAUAUAUAUAUUUGUCUCUGUCGAAUUAUACAAACACCUGAGAUGAUCGUUUCGCACUAGCGAGAGGGAUAUUGUUUCCUUCGUCCGCACCAGCUGAAGUAUCGCUUCGAGCCGAUAUCGCACUGACGCAGAGAACGUGUUAAUUUACGUUUCUUUACGUCGUUUCGUAAUAAUAUAAAAUAUCAUUAUCUGAUGACAUAUUAAUUCUUGUCGCAAUGUUAUUGAACUUUGAUAUAAAAAUGCAAUUUCUCAACCCUUGAGUUUGCUAGUUAAUACUUGGUUAAAUUUUUUUUGUUACCAUAAUAUAAUAAAGUAAAUAUAUUAUGUUAUAUAUGUAUUAUAAGCUGUUUAAAAAUCAGUCAACUAUGAACUAAGCGUAGUUUUUGAGAUGACUUAUGUCUUGCUGUCUUUGUUUCUAUUGUUCUGUGCCAUUUACGGACAUUUUUUUAAUGAUCACUAAUACAAGUAUAAGGGUCUGUUUCACAAUGUAUGGAUAAAGUACCAAACACCUAUGCAACACAAAUUAUUCGGAAGAUAUAAGUUCCGAAUAAGAAACUUCACGUUUCAUGACGAAUAGAAGACGAAUAGACAUCUGGCAGUCGUGAAACGCAAAAAUAGUGUUAAACCAAAACUUAUACGGACAUUGUGAAACAGACCCUAAGAGUUUAGAGUACAAUAACACUAAGGUACUUGUUUUAAAGUCUGAUUAGUUAACGACUGAUUUUGAAAACUUUACGUUGCAAUUAGAUAAAUGGGUAUGUUUAAAUCUGUUUAAAAACUGCCAAAUUCUUUGAAUCUCAACUUUACCGUGUAUGACAAUCUAAAUGUCUAAAUGAUCAGUUACCUAAAUGAACAUUAAAAUUAUUUGUAAUUUUCUAACUCUUUAAUAUGUUACCUAAUCAAGGAUUAGAAAUAAUUUAAUAUUAAUAGAGGACCCUAAGUGGUUAUAAGACUGAAUAUUGUCAAGUUUAGUGCCUUAUGUAAUUGGAGGCGAAAUAUGUUCCUUUAGAAACUGUUGGUAUUAUUAGAUUAUAAGAAUAAAAAUUGUUAUAUUUUAUACAUUGAUCAGCGUGCGACUCUCAUCCCUGAGGUUUUGUAGGUUCGAUCCCCGGUUGUACACCAAUAGAGUGUUUUUCUAUG